AUGAGAUGCCCGCCAAAACUACAACCUCGAAGUCCAGGCAAAAUACGUGACCCCGUGCAGCGCGACCUCACCCUUCUCGUUCCUCUCGACAGUAUCUCGACUCAAAAUCUCAUCAAACUUGUCCUUGAAAGCCUUGGCCUUUUCGCCCUCCAGCACGGCAACCUGACUCAGCGUACGAAUGCGGUUCCAGACCGCAUCGGGGGUGAGCCAGACGGUGAACGGCACCUUCUCCUCGCCGACGGGAACGCUAAAGAGCGGCAUUCUGCGCCCACCCUCGAGUACGAUGUUGGCGACAGCCUUCAGAGGGUUUGGAUCGAGCUGACGGUCAAAGAUGUCCUUCCAGACGAAGUCGCGAAAGCGGGGCUGCCCGUCGGACCCGAGGCUAAAGACGAGUUCGUUCAGAGACUGUUCCCAGGACGUGCUAGCAUGCCAAUGUUGCGGUUUGUUGUCUUCUUCAAUGUUCCAGAUCAAUCCCAGUACGGCUGUCGGCCUCAAUACGCGGUGAAUCUCCUUCAGAGCUUCCUCUUUCGCGAACCAGUGAAAAGCCUGCGAAUAAAAACGAGUCAGCCUUCCUUUUAUCCAACGCUCUCCAGUCUACCCGUUGGUACUAUGUCCUAUCUCUCCUGGUCCAGAGGUAACUGCAAAGAAAAGGGGGGGCAGCCAACCUGUCCAACAACACACGCGUCACCCCACUCUUCAUCCAAAGGGAUCUUGGCCGCGAAGCCAUCCUUGACUUGCGUGCCCUUCAACGACUUCCUCUCGAGCUCCGCGCGCAUCUCCUCAUGCGGCUCGAUAGCCACGAUGUCAUAA